AUCCCCACCCUGGAAGCUAUGAAUACUAAGAACCUUACUCGCCCAGAUAACGUCUUCGCUUCCAAAGGCCUGGCCGACAGCCUCCUGGAAUGCAGGACAGCUCUGGACCUCCGCCCACCCGCCACCGACCACUUUCCCGUGGUGACCACUCUCCAGUUGGAUCUCCCGCAUUCCACGCCAAGGACGUUUAGGAACUUCCGCAAGGUCGAAUGGCCCGAGUUCCGGACGAAGCUGGUGCUCCGCCUGCAGGAUCUCCCAGACGUUGAGAAGGGGAUACCCACGAAGGAGAGUUUUAACACGAUCCUUGAUGCCCUAAUGAAUGCACUCACCGAAACGAUCGAAGAGACCGUACCGGAAACGAAACCGCCUCCCUUCGCCAAGCGAUGGUACUCCAAGGAGCUCAACAACCUGCGCCGGGAGGUAGGGCGACUCGGGCGACGAGCCUGGAAGUUACGGGAGUUCCCGGACCACCCCAUCCACCGGGAAUACCGGUCCCUCCGCAACCGCUAC